GUGGAGACUGGAGACGAACCAACCUGAAAGGCUGAAACCUCCUCUCCCUCCCACCGAUCCGCCGCCGCUCGCGUAAGCCCCCCGCCGCCGCGACCCGACCAGCCCCAGCCGCCGCCGGCAGCCAUGGCGAGCCGGCUGGGCCGACGCGUGAUCCACUUCGCCAACCUCCCGCUCAAACUCAUGCUGCCCCCGGCCCCGCUCUCGUCCGUGCAGGAGUUCGCCGUCCGGACCGUCCCCUCCGCCUCCAAGGUGGACAUCCGCCGCUGCCUCGAGUCCAUGUACGGCUUCUCCAUCGCCGAGGUCCGCACCCUCAACAUGGAGGGCAAGAAGCGACGCCUAGGCCCCCACCUCGCCGCCAAGCCCGACUACAAGAAGGCCUACGUCACGCUGCGGUCCCCGCUCACGGUCUCCCCCGACCUCUUCCCCAUCGGGGCCAUCCUCGGGGAGCGGGAGCGGAAGGCCAGCGCCGCCGCCGCCAGGAGGAAGGCGGUGGAGGGCGCCGAGAUGGAGGGGCAGAGGGAGGGGAAGGGGAAGCACUGGAUGGAGGACGAGAGGGAGGGCUUCUCGAGGGCCGGGUGUGGCAAGGUCGUGUACGGGAACCCCGGGAGGCUGAACCAGAGGAGGAGAGGGCGCGCAAAGGCUAAGGACGGAGCUGGGGAGGAGGGAGCCAAAUUCCCGUGGACCGGAAUGCAACGGGCUACCGAGAAACCUAGGAGGGUGAGAUACUCUCCCCCGAAGAAGGCGGGUAUAGCGCUGAAGCAGAAGUCACCGAAGGUGUCUCUGCAGCGCCGCUCGAAGAAGUUGGAGGCUUGAUAGCACUUGACUUGGGCGGCUGUACUGCGACCACGAGAGGAUCCUGCCAUGAAGCGAGAUGCAGACCGUGGAUCGAUAACUACGAUGGCAGAUCCGCCCUGUCUUUAAAUUACCGAAUAAACACUGAAUGUUGAAGAAAUCUGCAAGGAUUUUAUGCGUUCUGUACGAAAAUGCAGAUGUAAUUUAGAUGCCUGCCUGAGGCUGAUGCAUGCAUGUUUUGCUGAGAGACGGCUCGAGGGCUAACUGUCAAAUUCUUUUUGAGUUUUGUCAUGUACUGAUUGACUGUUACUCCUGCUGACUAUAGAGAUUGUGCACCUGUUUUUCUUA